AUGAGGAGCACCCUACGCUGCGGUCAGCAACAUGACCGAAUGAUCUGCUUGACGCUGCGCUCUCUGCAGUUCGUCACGUGCUUAGUGGCGCUGGCCCUCGUGGCCGCGAGCUUCAAGGCGAAAAAGAUGACCUUCCACACAGACAGCGGCGACGCGCACGAGGUGACCGUCUACUACGGAGGUCCUGCCGUUAACUUCGUCAUGAUCGUUUCCUUCGCUGCCUGCCUGUACGACGCGUUCUUCUUGGUAAUGGUCUUUACGCUGCGCUGCGCCAAAGUGCCGGCGCCGUGGAGCUUCGGCGUGGACGCCAUCUUCACGAUGCUUUUCAUGAGCGCCGGCUGCGCGCUGGCCGCCUGUGACUACGUUCGCUACUGCGACGCGCUGGAUGGCGUCGUCAACUGUGCGCUACUGGCGUCAGGCGCCGCGCUGUGCUUCAUGGCCUUCGUAGUCUUUUUGAUCAGCGUGGCCUGGGGCGCCUGGAUGCGAAACACGUGGAUCAAGCCCAGACAGAAAGACCCGCUCGGACACGUAGGGCCCCUACGAGCUGGCCAGCCCAGCGACCCCGUUCUGGGUGACAUGGAGCUCGAUCUGGAGCGUGCCAACACGUACGAGUCCAGCACAUACGUACAGGACGGCUUCAGACGAUCGUAA